AUGGGAUUACCAGGAACCAGUCUCGGGGCCUUCCGAGCGUAUUUCUUCGGAUGUUUUGGCCCACAAUUCUUCAAACUGCUAGUGGGCAACAACACUAGCCAAUCCCUACCCAUCACUGGGCUCUUUGGUGCGAAGACGUUCAUCACUGUUGGCACCUACAUCUUAUUCUUCUCUGAGAUGUGGGGACGCAAGCCGACCCUUUGGAUUUCAGUUCCGUUGAUGGCCGCGUGCUUCAUUAUUGUCAUGGUGGUUAAGGAACCUUCACCAGCGCCUGAUGGAAAAGUCACACCGGCUGGCAUUGGCAUGGAGGCUAUGAUCUUCCUAACUAACUCGAUCUACCAAUUCACAUGGGGCCCAUUGCCGUGGCCAUAUACCUCUGAGAUCUUCCCAACCCAAAUUCGGGAGUUCAAAACCUCGGUCGCGGGACAAGAGGGCAAAAGUCUUGAAGAGAUGGAAACGACAUUCCACAGCAAGGCUGCAUUUGAUGUCGAGGCGGUCCGACGCGAAACGCUCGAUGUGGACGAAAAGAAUUUCUACUGCCACCUUUGUGGUGUGAGCUUUAACAUCAUCUUUCGCCUGAAAUCUGGGGAACUGGACGUGCCUGGCCCUCAAGACGGCCAAUGCAAUGAGACGGACACCACUAGUUCUACCGAUAGUGAGGAUGCGGCUCCAGAUCCUGAAUAUAAUUCUCAACAAAACAAGGAAGAUCCUGAGCCAUAUGAAUAUGACUCUGAUUACGAAUCGACCCACUGUAUGAGCCUUGACGGAGAGAAGGAAGAAAGCGAAGAUGGUAAUACUGAUACAAAUGAUGAUCCCGAGCGCCAAAUGUAUUAUAAUUGGGCAUUGCAAACUUUCAAUCCGAGGAGCGCCACAAGGGGAGAUUCCGAACUGCGUGUUGGAUACUUUGAUAGCCCAAUGUCGGGCUAUUCGACUGAUGCCAUCUCACCCGAAGAGGCGAGAGGCUGUCGCACCGCCCAGUUCCUGAUGCGUAAAACUUCUUCGAUGGAACAAUGGCAAGCUGACCAAUUACAUGAGCCCUGGGAGGUCAGUGGGGAUUGGUCGUUAUCCGGAAUUUGUGAUGGGACGCCCUCGCGCGAUACGGGCAUCCCAACAGUGUGGCCCGCGCGAAAUGGGAUAGAAGAUAUAGAGGCGGACAAUGUGAACCUUGCGGCGCAAGAGACACUACCGGAUGACAUAGCCAUGCCGUUCCAUCCAUGGUGCUUUGACAUCUUCUGCCGACAAUCCAAAGUCCAGUUUCAGUGCGUCAAUGCAUCAGGCCUCAUGGCCUGGCGUAAUGCAGAGUUUGACUGGGGUGCCGUUGAAUCAUUUCCUCGAGCCGAAGAGGUCAAAAGUUCACAGGAGCAGUGGUGGUCCCAUCAACCUGGUACCGAGUAUCUGGUUGCCAAUCCCCUUUAUAUUCCCGGUCUACCAGAAAUCCUUCUCAAAGCGACGAAGAAGGAAGGAAAAUGUGAUUUGCAUGACUCGUAUGAUGAGAUUAAGUCAUCUCAGUCAGCGACGAGCCGCUCCAUCCCAUUCCACAAUAGCCAGGUCGACCUUUUUUCUUUCCUUCCUGCGGAAAUUCGGCUCAUGAUCAUCGAUCAUUUAAGAGCGAAUGACAUCACUAGUCUAUGCAUUGCAUCUAGGGCAUUCACUGAACUCCCAAACAGUGUGUGGUACAGACUAGUCCGCAGAGAACUGCCCUGGUUGUGGGAAGCCUGGGAUGAAUCCGAAUGCAUACACAGCCCUUCGCUCUGGACAAGUGUAACAACAAAGGAGAUCAAAUCCAUUAUCAGAGCACGGAAUACCUAUGCCAAGGCCUUAUGUGAAGAUUUUUUCACAGAGCAAGCUGCCGAGAGAGUUGCUGAGUACCGAUUUCCCCUGUCCGUGAUCAUGCCGGACCAGGUGAAACUACAUCAUGAAAACACUGACUGGUGCCGUGUGCUUGUACAAAUACAUCUCAAUUGGGACAAACUCAAGGGUUUGCGGAAUCGUCAGCGGAUUUGGAUGGAUGUGGAGGAGGUUGUGAGGCGUAUUCGAAAGUUUGAUGUAUAA